GCGCAUGACGUCAGCGUUUUUGUUGCGUGGUUAGCAGCGGUAGCAGCAACAACGGCUAAUGAGAAUAGACGUCCUGCCUGCACCGAGCCUGUUGUUUGCCGCGGCAUCUUCUUGUUUCGCUGGGCGUGUGAUUUCAUAUCUGUCUGAUCGGCAUUUAGUCAACUGAAAGAUGUCGGCCCACGGACCCGGAGCUGGAGAGGACUGCACGGACGCAAGGCGAGAAGACGGGCAACAGUCAGCGGGGUCCUCCUCCACCUUUGCUCCAAUGGACGUAGAUGCAAAGCCCCACUCCAACAGCUUCAGGUACAGCCUGAAUUUCCCCAGCAUCGGCCAGUGUGUCAUCAUCAAUAACAAGAACUUUGACAGAUGCACAGGCAUGAAUCAGAGAAACGGCACAGACGUUGAUGCAGCCAACGCGAUGAAAGUGUUUACAAAUUUGGGAUAUAAAGUAAAGAUUUACAAUGACCAGUCAGUCGAGCAAAUGAAACAAGUUUUAACUGCUGUUUCUACGGCCGACCACAGCGGCUCAGCCUCGUUUGUGUGCGUCCUGUUGAGCCACGGAGACGAGGGUGUGUUCUUCGGUACGGAUGGCUCCGUGGAGCUGAAGUUCCUGACGUCGCUUUUUAGGGGCGAUCGCUGCAAGUCGUUGGCGGGAAAGCCCAAACUCUUCUUCAUCCAGGCUUGCAGAGGUACUGAUCUGGAUCCAGGGAUUGAAGCAGACAGUGGAGAUGACACCACCACCAAGAUCCCCGUGGAGGCCGACUUCCUCUACGCCUUCUCCACAGCUCCAGGCUACUACUCGUGGAGGAAUACUAUGACCGGGUCCUGGUUCAUGCAGGCGCUGUGCGACAUGCUCAGCAAACACGGAAAAGAGUUGGAGCUCAUGCACAUCAUGACACGAGUCAACCGCAAGGUGGCAGUAGAGUUUGAGUCCAUCUCCAAUUCACCAGGUUUUAAUGCAAGGAAACAAAUCCCCUGCAUUGUAUCUAUGCUGACCAAAGAGAUGUAUUUUACUCCUUGAUGCCAGCCUCUGUGUCAGAAAACUCCAGGAGGAGGAGGAGUGCGUGAAAUAUUAAGUUUCCAAAAAAAAAAAUCACUCACAUUUCACAAGCUUGGUGUUUUGAGGUUCAGUCAGUGUGUUGUUUUCUGAUAUCUAUGGCAGUCAUUGUUUAGCCCUGUAGCAUGUCUUUCUGCACAUUUAAUCCUAAAAAAAAAAGGUAAAUUUUUAAACUAUGUUAACAUAUUGUAAGAGCUUCAGUAAAGAUGAUAGACAUUUUGAUUCCACAUUUGAUUACACUGUAGGCUGCCAGUAGGUUCCCCUCCACUGUUUACACAAUCCACAUUUCAGGGAAAUAUGUUGGAGCCACCUUUUAUAGGAAGUUUCUAUCAUGUGUGUAAUGAUGAACCCAUAGAGGCUUUCUCUCCUCUAGCAACAAUGUUUUUAUUGUGACUAUAUCACUGAAUGUUCUAAGUCGUAGUGUCAUAAUAGUCUGGUAUGUUUGGAUCAUGUCUGUAUUUACAUUGUUAUUUCACUACUAGGGUGUCAUAGAGUUGUGAUGGCUGACUUUCACAACCAAACCAGAAUAUGCUGAAUUGGCACCUCAUGAGUUGUGUAAAGCAAAUUCAGUGGGUGAAUUUGUGUGUGUGUGUAGCAUCUUUUAACCUGUUCUAUAUUCAUUGGGUCGUGAAACUCAGGGUUUUUUUCCCCCUCCAGUCUCUUUUUAUAAUAUUUCCGAACAUGGAUUUCUUUGCAUUAACUGUAGACUGUAUAUUCUCAAAUUGGAGCAAAUGCUCUAACAAGAUUUUCCUGAUGUCUUAUUCAUACUUGAACUUUCUAUUUCAUUUUUAGCGGUGGUCCAGUGGAAAGAUUAAUUUCAUGGGAAAUAAAAAAAAAAAGUUUAGGAUUAGAUUGUUCCUCCAGCCAUACAGAUGAAAUUGAUGUAACAAUUGCUCAUAUGACAGAAAAUUAAUUGCAACCACCUCUGUUUCUUUUUUAAGAUGAUGGUACGAUCAUGAUAUUUGCUUUUUUUUGUUUUGUUGUGAAUUGGUCUGAAAAAGUAAAACAGAAAUCUGAAUGAGUCAAUUUUGGUUUGAGGGAAUAAUUAUGUGCCUUUUAUUUUUUUUUAAUAACUAACCAGUAAAAGUAAAACAUUAUUUUCAGACGUAUUAAUUGAAAAAGUUUGCAACAAAAGAUGCCUGUUAAUUAUGUGACUCAGAUAAGCACAAAUUGGCUUCAGGGAUUAAUUUAAGCAAUCCUGAAAUAGUCCAGUAGAUCAUAGAGGACCUGUCAUACUUUUGUACAUCAGUGGUACAAAUGUAUAACAUUUGUAAUUGGUCAAAUUGUAUAGACACAGAUGUCAGUGGACUGCUAUAGCACUAAGAGUGUCUUCUUCUACACAUUAUCACCAGCAUAGAAUGUGCACUGGUCCCGGUUGUGCUUCUUUGUGAAACUGAUAACCUUCAAUAUUUAAAGCAGACUAGCUCCAUCUGCUGUUGUGUUGAAAUAUUUCGUGCAUGGUUGACAAUCCAGUUUUCAAGUCAAUAUUAUGCAACAUUUUGCUAUGAGCAUCACUUUUUGUAAUCUCGCUCUGUUGUAAGCCUGAGAUUGCUGUACUUUUUCUGCUGGUGAAAACAAUAAAUAAAAUAAAGACCA